AUGACCAAGAAUCCAUACUACAUAUCUUACGUGAUUGUGGAGAAGCAAAACAAUUAUGGACCAAAAUCAUUCCACCCGAAUGGCAGUGUAUUGGAAGAAAGUGAAGACAUCUCUGUGGAGUUGCUCUCCCCAAUUUUAGCUAUUUUAAAGAGGGAUAAUGAGGACACGCUUCCUGUUGCUCGGAGGCUAGCAGAGAAGGUGCUUGAGAACUGUGCAUUAAAGCUGAAACCUUACUUAACCCAAGCUGUAGAGAGCUUGAGCAUUUCUUUUGAUGAUUAUAGUAGUGUAGUUGCUUCUAUAUGUGAAGUGGCACCUAGUUCUUUGGAUCAGAAGGAUAUUGCUGCUGAAAAAUGUGGGGAUGAUGUGAACAAACCAGUAGAGUCACCUUUGGAUGGGACAACCCAGGCACGUUUUGUUUCAUGUUUUUAUAAUCAAUUGUCCAAAUUUAUAUGUGACUGUGUGUGCGUGUGGAUUCUAAUGCUUCUUCUUGUUGUUAGAAUAUAAUACUGAAAAGUCAUCACGUAUAAAUCUUCAAAUUCCC